AGCUCGGCGGCACUUUAGCCGCAGCUCUGCUCUGCUCUGCUCUCUCGCAUAGGGUUUAUCUCCUCCCUCCCUCUGUCCCGAGCACCCGAUUCGCUUCUCGCGCACGGCAGCCGGAUUCCAGAGCGCGGCCCCGCCCCAGGCUCCAGCCCCGAAGGCCGAAGGUAGUCGUUGUUCAGCGGACACACUAGAAUGUCGUCGGUGCAGCUCUCGGGUGCCGGGGUCGCCGCCGUGGCCUUCACGAACAAGGGCCUAGCCUCACCGCCGUCGGCGCUCAGGGUCUGCUCGUCGAGGCGCUCUGUCCGUAGCCUGGUCGUCAGGGCUGCCACUGUUGUCACCCCAAAGUACACUUCACUGAAGCCUCUGGGGGACAGGGUGCUUGUGAAGCUUGGAGCGGCUGAGGAGAAGACGGCUGGUGGCAUUUUGCUUCCAUCAACCGCGCAGAGUAAGCCUCAAGGAGGUGAGGUUGUCGCUGUUGGAGCGGGAAGGACCGUCCGUGAUAAGAAAAUAGAGGUCGGCAUACAGAUUGGGGCAGAAGUUGUGUACUCAAAGUAUGCUGGAACCGAGGUUGAAUUCAAUGACUCGAAGCAUCUCAUUCUAAAAGAGGACGAUGUCAUCGGUAUUCUUGAGAGCGAUGAUGUGAAGGAUAUGAAGCCUCUCAAUGAUCGUGUUCUCAUCAAGGUUGCAGAAACUGAAGACAGAACUCCUGGGGGCCUUAUCCUGACUGAAACAACUAAAGAAAAGCCAUCCAUUGGAACGGUUGUAGCUGUUGGCCCAGGCCCUCUGGACGACGAAGGCAAGAGGCAGCCACUGCCAGUGCCCGCUGGCAGCACCGUGCUGUACGUCAAGUACGCAGGGAUUGAGUUCAAGGGCGCGGACGGCACGGGCUACAUCGUGUUGAGAGCGUCGGACGUGAUGGCUGUCCUCUCCUGAGCGCCUUCCGUUUCCAGUUCUUUUAGCUUGCAACCAAUAGGUGUGAAGUGGUAUGAAACGAUCGCUUUGUGGUGAUCAUCACCCCGCGAGGACCCUGUCGGAUAGGGAUAGAAUUUGUUUGUCCACAAGUUACAAGCUAUUACGUGUUGUGGGGGACAGAGACGUCGACAUCUGAUAGUGAGAGCACUCGGUUGGUUUUAUGAAGCACAUUUUGGGGGUGAAAUCCCCUUCUUUUCUGUCUUCUA